GCUUCUUCUCCCUAGUCCGUGUUACACCUCUUCUGCCACAAACGUCACCAUGGUGGUGUCUGCUGGACAUUUAUCCAGGGAGAGGGCGGAGACAAACAUCCUAGAAAUGAACCAGGAAUUGUGCUCCCAGCUGGCAGAGAGCCAGCAGCGGUUCCAAGACCUCAAAGAGAAAUUUCUUGUAAGUCAAGCUACUGCCUACUCUCUGGCCAAGCAGCUGAAGAAAUACAAAUGUGAAGAGUACAAGGACAUCAUAGACUCUGUGCUGAGGGAUGACGGGCAGUUCAUAGAGGAGAAGCUGACAGAGAAGCUCAGGCAAGCUGAGGACGACCUCAGGCAAUAUAAAGCCCUGGUUGACUCUCAGGCAAAGGAGCUGACCCAGUUACGGGAGAAGUUACGGCAACGGAGAGAUGCCUCCCGCUCACUGAAUCAGCAUUUCAAGGCCCUCCUCACUCCUGACCACCUUGAGAAGUCCCAGAGUCAGGACUUCUGAGUGCAGCUGGCUAAGUGGCACAGGCUGGCAGAGCGUUACAUCAACAAGCUCAGCCCAGUUCCAGAAAGUGAUGAAGAGGAGGAUGAAGAUGGUACAGAUGAGGAGAUCCAGAAAGUACAGCAAUCAGCUGCCCCGAGGGAGGUGCAGAACGCUGAGGAAAACGAAGUCCCUCAGGACUCACUGGAGGAAUGUUCUGACCUUUGUUCAAACAGCGACGGCCCUUCUGACUCCAACCAGCCUCACAGGAGCGCCGAAGUCACAUUUGAGGAAGACAAAGUCGUCUCUGCUCUGAUUGUAGACAGUGACAGCUCUCAGGAUGAAUGGGAGGACGCUCUAUGCAUUCUCCCAGGAAAUCAAAGUGAUCAUGAGGAAGAGGAAGGGAAAGCCCCAGUGCCCGAUCGGAACUGACAGUCAGUUGAUCCAGGUGAACUGACCAAACUCAGGCUGACCCAGGAGCUACUAGAGUGGAAGGAGCAGGAAGCCCCGGAAGACUCCCUGGAUGAAAUUUACUUGACUGCUUCAGUUCCGUGUGACCUGUCUGACCGCCACCAGCCUGAUAGCAACACCUUGUCCUCACUGGAGGAUCAGCUCUCAUGCUCUGCUCUGGAUGUAGCCUCUUCCACCCAGGCCGCCUGUCCCCAAGGGACUCGGAGUGGAGACUUGAGCCACCGCCUGUCACAGGUGCAGGUUUCGCAGACACAGCCGGAUCCAAGUACCCUGGUGCCGAGCUGUCAGCGACUACAGCUGGAUCAAGGGUUCGACUGCGGGAAUGGCUUAGCCAGGCGGGGCCUUUCCGCCACCACCUACAGCUUCACAGCCAAUGCUGACUCUGGGAUCCAAUGUUCCUUCCAAGAGCUGGUUUUAGAGCCCUCCGUUGGGAUGAAGAACCCUCCGCAGCUGGAAGAUGAUGCACUUGAAGGCUCAGCAGACAACACACAAGGGGAUCAAGUCAUUGGCAACAUUCGUGCCUCCAGUGUUCUGAAACCAAAGAUGAUUAAAAGAAAACUCCCAUUCAGCAAGUGGAUCCCUUGGCCUUCAUGCUUAGGGUGCAGAGGUAAUCACAUCUAUGGCUCUUAGCUGCACUCACUUCUUCUUUCUCUCUGUCUGUGGUGACAGCUUCUUCUCCUGCUGCUUUUUCUCUUCCAUUUGUUCUCUCCAGCGGCUGCUGUCACCUCUGUCUGGUCUUACCCCAGUGUCCCAUGGGCUCCCACCCUGCCAGGCCCUUUGUGUCCCCGUCUACUCAUUGCUCUGGGGAGUCUGCUCUAUUCCUUCCUCUGCUGUCUUGAGGGUCCCUGUCAUGGCCACAGGAGAGCCGGGCCUCCUUGUCCUCAUCCACAUGCAG